AUGUCCGACAAGAUGCCGGAGCCACCGGUGCAGGAUGCCAGUGAGAUUGAGCAACAGUCUGUGGAGCCUGAUACUUGGAUUCACCGGCUUAUCUCCCCAUCGUUGCGUACAGAGAUCCGCUUGUUCUUCAACUACCCAGUGCAGGUGAAAGUUCACCGAACCACUUGGAUUGAUGGUCUUCGCGGCCUUGCUGCACUCGAAGUCUUCAUCUACUUCCUCCAUUGUCGCAUGUUUGGCAAGGAUGUGGAUCGUACGUUUGGCUCAGAGGGCCGGACAUCUCAUCUUUGGCGAUUACCACUCCUUCGAAACGUCUAUGCAUCUGGUGAAGCUAUGCUCAAUACAUUGAUGAUGAUCUCCGGUACUGUCAUCACGUAUGGCUACUUGCGCAAGAUCCGAGAUGGUGAAACAGAACGCAUCUAUUCAGCCAUCCUUGGCAGUAUGUUUCGACGAGUGAUUCGACUUUACUUGCCUAUCCUCAUCCUCACAUUCAUCACCGCACUCAUGGUUGCCCUGGAUCUGCGUUACUAUGAAGAGCACGCAAAGGACAACUUCAUCAUGCAACUUUGGCAUUGGGCAAAAGCUAGCGUGGCGUUCUGCAACCCUUGGCGUAAGAUCGUGGUCCACUCUGAAAUGAGCCACGGCUACAAAUAUGGUACAUGGGCAGUGCCACUCUCAAUCUUUGCAAGCUUCGUCUGCUACUCGACCCUCUUUGUCGUGUCCUGGCUCAGUAAGGCUCGCUACCGUCUUGUCAUUGAGCUGGCUGUUCUCUACUACUACUUGUCGACUGGCACUUGGUGGACCAGCAAUUACCUCUUUGGCAUGCUGUUUGCAGAGUUUUUGCUUUGGCAGGAAUCUCGCACUGCAGAGGAGACGCCAGAGCCCGUCAUCACUGUUGCAACGCCACAAUUCUGGCUGCAAGGACUUUGGUGGAUCUUAUUUGUUGUGGCAUGGUACCUGUGCGGCAUGCCCUUCAAGGUCCCUAGAGCUGAGAAACACCUGCCUGGUUUCAACUGGUUCUUUGACCAUGUCCCGAAAGAAUUCAGCAAAACGGAACAUCUUGGUCGUUUCUGGCUCAUGCUGGGUGGUAGUCUGUUGGUGAUUUGCGUCUCCCAGCUACGAGUCUUUCGUCGUCUUCUCGAGGGUCGAUUCCUACAGCAUGUGGGUAAACACUCGUACAUGCUGUUCCUCAUACAAACAGAUGUGAUUGAGCUCUUUGGUGAUCCCCUCGCAUCCCUCAUCAAGCAUGAUGACAUGGACAAUGCGCCUCACGCAUGGCUUGUCUCUGGGUAUAUCCUCUAUUGCGCCACCAUGGUGCCAGUCACUCUGUACGCUGCGGGUCUUGCCACCAAGUAUAUCUAUGCGCCUUGUGGGCGAUUAGGUGAGUUCCUGGAGAAGCAUGGCGUGAAUGAGCUGGUCAAAGCGUUCAAGGAGCUCAAACUCUUGUUCUUCAAGAGGAAAAGUCAAACCCCAGACGACUCGGACGACUCUACGAGGAAUCGCUUGACUACAACUUUGAGAUCAGACAACUCAGCCACUAUGGUUGAAUUGAAUGCCAUGACUAGCAAAGACUAUCCCAUUUGUACGGCAUGUGGGCAGCAGUACGGCGGCUUGUCUACACCUGCCAACUGUUUCAUUUGCCAAGACGCUCGCCAGUUUGUGCCUUCUCAUGGCCAAACGUGGACCACAUUGAAGAAGAUGAGAGAAGACAACUACAAGAAUGUCUUCACAAAGCUACCGCACAAUGGCGAUCUGGCUGCCUGGUCCAUUCACACCGAACCAAAGUUUGCCAUUGGUCAGCGCGCCAUUCUCUUGUUAGAUGAGCACGAAUCAAAUACGCUAUGGGAUUGUGUCGCCUACUUGGACGACAAUACUGUCGGUUGGAUCAAGGAACAGGGAGGCAUUGGGCGUAUUUGCAUCUCUCAUCCGCACUACUAUUCCACUGCGCUGGAUUGGGCUGCCGUCUUCGACUGCCCCAUCUUUAUCUCCAAAGCUGAUGAGAUGUGGAUCACCAGACAGCCACAGCCAGAAGAUCAGAUGGACAGGAAGAGAAGCUGGUCAUUGCUUUCCACGGAAGUAGAACCCGUGACUCAAGACUUGAGCUUUUGUCGCAUUGGUGGUCACUUUGAUGGCAGCGCUGUGCUCCACAGCAAACGCCACGAGGCCAUCUUCACAGGCGAUACAAUCUCCCUGACUCCUGCGAAUCGACGCAUCACCAUCAUGUGGUCGUACCCAAAUAUGAUUCCGCUCGAUGGCAAGACAGUAGCGGAGGUUUGCUGGCCGAGAUUGGAACGCCUGGCCUUCAGCAAUAUCUACAGCAAGUUUGUUGGAGAGGAUCUGCUGAAUGGUGGAAAGGAGAUGGUCAGAAGGUCUUUCGAGGAGUAUUGUUCCAAGCUCAAUACGCCAACGGAUGCUUUCAAAAUGGGCAUUGAACAACUGCUUGAGUAG